ACACCGGCGUGUUGUGGUGACGCUCGGGUUCCGUCCGUUUCCAUAUUUGGAGAUUGACGUCAAACGCAGCUCACGACUGCGUGACGGUCUGAGGGGGAAAACAAAGGCGUGAGACGCGAAGACGCGUUAACCGUAAAGUUUCUCCGUUUAUUUAUAGAUGCUGUAUGAAGGGUUUUUAGUUUUGCUAUUUCGACUCUAAAUCGUGGGAUUGUGUUGAGUUGAGUCACACGACCUACUCAAAGAGUCGAAUAAAACGAGGGUAACAAACGUGAACACACGUUCAUUGUAUCACAAUAUAACGCAAGUGUAAGACAUACAUACACACACACGGGUGUUUAUUCGUGUGUAUUUUAUUGUUGAGUUGGGCUAUAAAUCGCACAUUCAGUCAGUACAGAACGGAAGUAUUGCAGCGCCAUCUGGCGGUGAAAUGAAUCGCACUCAACAGAUGUUCAAAUGAGGCACGUGACUCUCAGGGCAUCUCGGCGCCUGUAUCUGUUGCCAUGGCGACGCUUCCCAUCCUCUGCAGCUUUAUUUCUGUGAUCCGUCACGGGUCCGCUGACCCCUGCUGCUCCUGUGAGUGCUUUGAGACUGAAGCGGGACGUCGCCAUCCGGAGAGACUGCUGGGAGCUCCGUGAGAUGAUCUUUUGUGUUGAAUCUCCAUCCUCCGCUCGGCUCUGAUGUCAUUUAUUCAUGAAGAUCUUCCGCUUUAUCGGAUGGUCUGAAGGCUCGACACAGAUUUGCACUUGGCUGCGUGCGUGCGUGUGUGCGUGUGCCGCCCGCAGGAGAGAUCUCGCAUGUUCUGCUGCAGCGCCAGCGUGUUCCUCUGACGGCUGUCAGGUCCGGUUACAUCUCCAAACUCCCACCAGUGAGGUUAUCAGGGCAGCUCCGUCCCCAAAAAACCCAACCGAACAAACACGACCUGGAGAGCUCAGGAGACCUCGCAGAGAUCCAACUCAAAUGAAAAGGUCACAUGAUGUGAAGGUUAAUUAUCAAUGUAUAUGAUUGAUAGUAAUGACUGAAAUUCUGCAAUCGUUGAUCAAACUCAUAUUUAUGUUCUCAGAGAGAGAGAGAGAGAGAGAGAGAGAGAGAGCUGUAGACGAGCCAUCCAAACCCCCAGCUCUCACCCUCACACCCCAGUCUGUCCAAUCACAGCGUGUAUGUGUGUGUGUGAGAGGGGCGGGGCUUGUGUUCCAGCAGGGUUGCUGUGCAGCGGUGGGCGGGGCUUGAGCUCUGGAGCGGCAGUGGUGUAGAGCGAGUGUUCAGAGGGAGGAGAGACGGCAGCAUCGUGUGAUCCGUCUGUCUGACUGUGACUGCAGCGCUGCAUGCAUGUGUGCGGGUGUGCUCAUGCGUGUGCUCAUGUGUGCCAGCGACGGCUGCAUCGCUUCUUCUUCUUCAUCAUCAUCGUCUUCAUCCUCAUCAGCCCGCCAGCAGCGUGAAUUCACAUCAGCACCUGCGCACGAUUCUGCUCAUCUGUUGCCGUGGUGAUGGGCUGUCGACAGUCAGGGCCGUGGACGGGUGACGGGAUGGGGGUUCACGGUCGGGACUUAAGUCACCUGCAGAAGCGAGAGGCCUUCCGUAUCCUGGCCAGCUAUGAGCAGCCAAUCACGCUUCAGAUCGAGGGACACGGUGGGCGGAGCCUGCGGUACAACAGGACGACGGACUGCAGUACGCAGACGGAGCGGCCGUGGGACCCCCUGCGCCCAUACUCGUGUACUGUACCCCGCAUGCCUCACUCUGAUAGGAUAUACCAAGGUCACAUGACCCUGCCUGGUAACCGUAGAGACGGAGGCAGAUACGGAUACCUGCCCAAAACAUCCAGAGACCCGCAGCACAGAGAACGCCUGACAUACAACGACUCUGAGUACUCCAGCGGAUCGUCUCCGGCUCAAAACUGUCUGAUCCGCUGCUGCAGCACAAACCUGGAGGAACCCCGAAGCUUCCAGAGUCAGACUGACGAUGAAGAGUACACCACGGAGAAACCGCUGGGUUACCUUCCUCUUCAUCACGAGCUGGACAGCGGCCUGGGCUGGACGGACGGCAGUUUCCAUCAGGGCGAGCUGUCGGGGGUUGAGACGGAGGAGGGGCUUGAGGAAUGCCGCGCCCGUGCAGGCGGACACUCGCCCUCGUCAGAGUCCUUCAUCUCGUCCGAACUGAGCGACUCGGGAUUCUACAGCGUCAGCACCGGCGAGUUCCUGCGCUUCCAGCGGCUGCUGGAGAAACGCAUGCGCCACUACAACGCGCGCAUGCAUCACCAGGGUGAGGCGUGCUCCCGCGAGCGGCGGGACAGUCAGAUCAAGCACCGCGAGCUGGAGGCCAUCCCGGAGGCUCUGACGGUCCAGCCUCAAGACGUGUACACGGAACCCGGUCUGUCCCGCUUGUCGUCCGUGCAGUACUGCGAGGUGGAGCGUCCGUGUCUGAACCUGCACAGCUCCAGCAGCGGCUCGUUGUUCAAUCCUGCCGGGCACUCCACAUGCAGCACCCCGUCCGGUCAGCGGAGGCCUCUGGUGCACCCGAACUCUGCCGGGAUUUUGAGAAGAAGCAGGACGUUGCAUCAUCGUCCUGUGCCGAUGGAGUAUCGCAGACGGGCGAGCCACCCGGCGUCACCCAACUACUGCAGCGCUACGCUGCAUCACUGUGGCCACCAAGUCGACCCACCGAUGGAUUUACCUGAAGAACCGGACACAGGUCACCUGGCGCACCCUGUCGCGCACCCGGCACAUGCCACACACGCGGUGAGUCAACCCUCUCUCAUCAUCUCUCCAGUAGACGACCACCGCUGUGCUCUGCCUCCGGAGCUCCACGACCGGAUUCGGGUGUCAACUGAACCUCACCUGGAGCACAGCUUUGGGGUACCGCGCGUCCCACAGCGGGAGGGCCGAUUCCACACCCUGAGUCACACGCCCAGUCAGGACGCCAACGACACCUGGCCCAAACCCGCUAAUCGCUCGGGCACGGGGGGUGGCCUCUACAGCACUUUAGAGGGCCCCGCACCCGCCCGGAAAAUGCCUGGCGCCAGCAUGCGUGCGCUGCGAAACCAGAUGCUGCGGGACAGAGCGUCCCGGCUGGCAGACGAGCGCAGCGGCAUGAGCACGGACGAGGAGAGCGAGGUGAGGAUGGGCCGUUACUGGAGCCGCACCGAACGCCGGGAACACAUGAUGCAGAAACAGCGCCAGCAGCAUGCGAGGGGCGGAGAGGGUGCGCUGCAGGGGCUCGAGGUCACGAGAGGAGCUAACCCCGAAACUUACAACACCGUAUUGGAGCUGAGCCAGAGGAAACUCAGUCGACUGAGGAAUCGCAAGCUGCUUGAUGACUGGACCACGGUGGAGGAACUCCUGACCCACGGAACGCGUCUGGGCACAAGCGAGGACGCCCUGCAGCUGCCCAGGUCAUUGCUCACCGUCACGACUGUAUAGCAAAGCGCUCAGAUGACGGGCGCGUGUUUGUGUGUGUUGGACCAGCCGCACUAAACACAAAGCUACCUCCUGAAUUUGAGGUUUACUGUAGAUAGGAUGUUUUCAUUCAGUUGUUCAUGUUACGUAUCUUGUUUUGCAUUGUCAGUGUUUUACUAAAGAGAGACAGCAAUACAACAUCACAAGCCGACACCAGACAAAGUGAAUUUCAUUUGGUGCAAGCCCGGUGUUUUCUUUGAAAAGUUGUUUACAUUAUGGAUUACUUACGGUGGUGCUAACGGCAAGAUCGUCAUUUGAUUCGCAACUUUUGCACAAGAUCUGAAAUUCCCUCUGUCUGCCGCUAGCUGAGUUCGGGCGAUCGGGUGUGCAGGGUCACGCCGGAGAUUGGGCAGCGGAACGUGCGUGGUGAAGCGUGCGGGUUCUUGCACUAUAACAAGAGUCUUUUUCAAGCUAUUUUUCUUGUGCUCUUCACGAUUGAUGUCACGAAAAGAAACGUUGGUAGUGAUCAACUCUCGAUGCAGAUGAUACAACUGUUUGUUUUGUCACACCGUGCAAACGGGGUAUACGCAGACGGGUCGAUGACGUACUUCCGCGUAAAUCUCAGAUCGAAAUUUGAAAGUUUUCUCACUAAACACAUCGUGCUUUACGCAUCCCGUCAGUGCUAUGAGAGCGGAAGUGAUGGUUUUAGCGGAAGUACGUCAUCGUCCCUCGUGCAUAUACCCCAUUUAUUGAAGAUUUCUGGUGCAAACCAGCGGGUUUAUGACGGACGUCGUUUAUAAAAACAUUUACACGAGAACCACAGAUCAAUGUUUUUGUGAACCAGAAAUCCUUCUGCUGGUGUUUCUCAGAUGAGUCUCAGAGUUCUUUUAGAGGAGGAGAAGAGGUCUGAAUCACACGUGUCAGUGUUUGCAGGUUUGUUCUGGAGCAGAACAUCAGGAUAUUUCUCCCACACAUGCACUAUUUUUGGUGCACGAGCACUGGAGUGUUUACAAUUUUCCCUCACAACUGUGACUCUCUGUCUCUCGCUCUCAUUCUCACCGUGAGUCAAACGCUGUGAAUAAUGGAUGUGGACGGAUGGAACAUCUUCCAGCGGUGAUGAACAGCAUCACGUUUUGCUGGAUUCCACUUUUCCAGACGAUUUUCUUGGAUUAUGAUGUACAUGUUGGUUGUAAUAAAGAUGAGACUUUAAUUAUCUA